GCGGGUUUACUGGUUUUAGCGUUACUUAGUUUUUUGCUACGUUUGUACUAUCUCAGUUGUGGGAUUUUCUGUUUGGAUCGGUAAAGAACCAGUGUUUUUGUGAUAAACAGACCAAAUUUGUUAACAGAUUAUGAAUAAUUUCUAAAUAAUGGGAGAAUUCGAGACAAAUGUAUCUAAUCCGGAUAAAUUUGAAACCCUCUCCUUAAAUGAUCCACCUGAUUCAAAUGAAAUCCGUAAAACCUCUGUUCGCAUAAAAGAAGGAUUUUGCGAUGAUCAAGGAGAUUUAGGUCAGAAAAAGAUUGAAAUUAAAUCGGCUCUAGUGCAGCAAACUAAAGAUCUAUAUGAACAAUAUGCUCGGGAACAGUUUCCUAAAGAUUUAGAAAAACAAAAGGCAUUGGUAACCGAAAUGCAGGACCAAUAUUUUGAACACUACCUCUCCGAAGUGUAUAGGUUCCAACUUGUUCAUCAACAGCAGCAACUUGAACAAUUACGAGCGGUAAGAUCGGCCGUGAAAGAUUCUAACGAUGGGAAUUCUGAAUCUGAGAGAGAUUUUCUAGAACCAUUGCCUCUCAUUCCUGCAACAAUAUGGACUCGUAAAGAUAUUGCAGAGUUCAAACGAGAAAUUCUCGAUGUACAGAAGGAAUGUUGUAUAAAGAUAAAUUCUUUAGCAACUGCAACAGUAAGUCUCACAGUAUAUUUUCUUAUUGAUUUCAUUACUUAGCUGGUCAUUCUAUGAUGAUUUGAGCUCGAUACUUUGUGAUACGUAAAUGUUAUACUUAAUAAUUUGUUAGAGAAAUAAACUUGAUUGUUUAAUAUAUAAAUUCUAUGAAUAAACUAGGCGCUAAUCUUCUAGUCGAAUUUUUCGUAUAGCUAUUACGGAUUUCACUCGAUUUUUAAAACUGAACCACUUCACUUUAUGACCUGAAUGAAUAUUUUAAAACAUCAAGGCAUCUAUCCACCCUUUAUACCAACAGUUAUCGUUGGGUAAAUUGAAAAAAGGAGACUUUAACUUGGACUUUUAAACUCAGAAAUGAAGAAAAAAGAUUAUCUUAGUUUAAGCUCUAUAUGUUUACCAUACCGGACAUCCAUAUGUUUGUAUGUGUUGUCAUCAGUGACUUGAGGCUUCUGAAAUUAUGAAAAAGUAACUAUAUUAACAGUGAUAUGAAUAAUGCAUAUUGACAACUCCGCCAAAUUCUAGGAUCUCAUAUAAAUAUGGAGAAUAGUCUUAGGUAUUCCAUUAGCGGUUUUAGGACAUGCUGUUAAAAUGGAAUUAACGAAUAUAGAAUAUAUCUUGGUUGAUUUUUUCACUAUUGAUUUUUGGUACACCGGUUUUCUUUAAUUUAUCUCACAAUAUGAGCCAAAAGUAUUCAGCCCGGAUACAGAUUGAUGUUACAUGACUAUCUUUUCAGAGCGUAUUUUCGUUAACGAGAUUCUAUCAUAUUACAUCCAAAGACAACAAAUUUAUCUUCAAGAUUGAUAUUCUACACCUGGAAUGUCUUAACUACUAGUAUUUAUAUGGUGGUCCUAAUGGCAACAAAAUGACAUUUAUCUUGAGUAUAACUAAGUAGUAAUUGUAUCAAAUAAUCUAUGGCGGUCAUGUUCACUUUUGCACAAAGGCACUUGAAUGUUGGAUCGUUUUCUUAAAUUGUUAAUAAAGUAGUAUAGACGAAUUACGUUACGAUUAAACCACAUUGAUCUAAAUGUAUGCAAUACGCAUUAUAUUUCUGAGGUCACCUGUGGUCACAUCAAUGAAUUAAUGAACCAAUAUUUCAGCGGUUUAAGAAUCCCAAUAGAAUAUUCAAAAAUGAAGAAUAUUUGAGCGAACAAGUAUUUUCAAUAACUUCACCAUCAGGCUCUACAGUUAUAAGUCCACAAUUAUCGUGAUAUUUUAGAAACGUCAAAAUAAGACAUGUAUUAAUGAAUUUGACAUUAUAUACUAAAAAUAGUGAACGUUUGCAUCUGUUACGACAUAUACACCUCAAAAUUGUGUUAUUUAUAAAUUAGAAGGGUCAUUUAAUAAAAGGCAAAUGAUUCAUAAUAGUGUCAAGUCCCAAUCAGUAUAACAGUAAUAUAGCAAAAAUGAAACGAAAAUCGUGUAAAUAAAAUGCCUAGUAAGAGAAUUUCAUCUUGUUAAUUGAGGUAAUGAUAAGAAUAUCAAUCGUAGUGAUAAUAAUAUCGUAAACAUGUACCAGCAUGAUUACUUACUUACUUACGCCUGUUACUCCUCGUGAAGGAGAAUAAGCCGCUCACCAACACUCUCCAUCCAACCCUGUCCUGGGCAAUCCUUUCCAGCUCCUUCCAGUUCCUAUUGAUCCUUUUCAUAUCUGCUUCUAUUUCUCGACCUAAUGUGUUUUUUGGCCUUCCUCUUUUCCGUUUCCCUUCAGGAUUCCAAGCUAGGGCUUGCCUCGUGAUGCAGUUUGACAAUUCGCGUAAUGUAUAUCCUAUCCAUUUCCAUCGUCUUUUCCUAAUUUGCUCUUCAGCUGGAAGCUGGUUUGUUCUCUCCCACAAAAGGCUGUUACUGGUAUCCGGCCAAUGGAUGUUGAGUAUCGUGCGUAGACAGCUAGUUAUAAAUACCUGAACCUUCUUGGUAACAAUUGUGGUAGUUCUCGAAGUUUCAGCUCCGUACAUUAGAACUUUAUUGAUGUUCGUAUUGAAGAUUUUGAUAUUGGUUGACAGUUGUUUUGGGUUCCAUAUGUUCUUCAAUUGUAGGAAUGCGGCCCUUGCUUUGCCAAUCCUUGCCUUUACGUCUGCAUCUGAACCUCCUUGUUCAUCGAUGAUGCUUCCCAGUUAUGUGAAGGAUUCUACAUCUUCCAGAGUUUCGCCAUCAAGAGUGAUUGGAUUGCUGUUCUUUGUUUUGAAUUUGAAGACCUUGGUUUUCCCCUUGUGUAUAUUGAAUCCUACUGAUGCAGAGACUGCUGCUUCACUACUUGUCUUCAUCUGCAUUUGUUAUUGUGUAUGGGAUAAAAAAGCCAGAUCAUCUGCGAAGUAAACAUUUUCUCAUUGAUUCCAAUCUGUCCAUUGUAUCCCAUGUUCCCUCUCAGGUGUCGUGGUCUUCAUAAUCCAGUCGACCACCAGAAGAAAGAGAAAGGGAGAGAGUAGACAGUCUUAUCUGACUCCGGUCCUUACUUGGAAUGCAUCUGUCAGCUGUCUUCCAUGGACUAAUUUGCACUGUAGUCCGUCGUAUGAGUUCCGGAUCAUGCUGACAAUCUCAUAAACUCCGUAGUGUCGAAGAAGUUUCCAUAACGUCCUAUCUACACUGUCAAAUGUCUUUUUAUAAUCAAUGAAGUUGAUGUACAGUGACGAGUUCCACUCAACUGAUUGUUCGACGGUGAUCCGUAGUGUCGUGAUUUGGCCUGUGCACAAUCGAUCCUUAAGGAAUCCAGCUUGUUGAUCUCGAAGUUGGGUGUCUACUGAGUCUUUCAUUUGGUUUAGCAACACCCUGUUAGAAACCUUUCCUGGUACUGACAGCAGUGUGAUGCCUCUGUAGUUUUCACAUUUGCUUAGAUCUCUUUUCUUUGCAAUCUUGAUGAGGUAUCCUUCUUUCCAGUCCGUCGGCAUUUGUUCUUCCUCCCAAAUCUUUUCGAAUAGAAUGUGAAGCAUGUUUGUAGUUACUUCGAUGUCUGACUUCAGUGCUUCAGCUGGUAUAUUGUCUGGUCCUGUUGCUUUCCCGCUCUUGAUUUGUCUGAUGGCCAUUCUGAUUUUCCCCGUCAUUGGUGGAGAGAAAUCUAUAGGAAGAUCUAAGUGUGCUGCUUCAAUGUCCAGUGGAUUCAAUGAGGAAGGUUUAUUCAAGAGUUCCUCGAUGUAUUCUACCCGUCUGUUCCUUUGUUCUUAAGUCUCGGUGAAUGUCUUGCCUUCUUUGUCCUUGACUGGUCCCUCUGGUUUACAAUAUUUCCCUGCUGGUUUCUUCGGUGUAUCACACAUUUUUCUCAUAUUUCCUUCUCUUGAAGCUUUUUCCGCCGUCGUUGCUAGUUCUUCCACGUAUUUCUGCUUGUCGGCUCUAACGCUCCUCUUCACUCGCUUGAUUGCUUCAGUGUAUUCAACUCGUGCUUUGAAUUUCUGUGCUCUUGUUCGACUGUUGUUAAUUGAUGUCUUCUUGUUCUACCUGUCUUGAAUCCUGUCCAGUGUUCCUAUAGAGGUCCAUUCCUUAUAAUGAUGCUUCUUGAGGCUAAGAACCUCUUGACACGUUGACGUUAGUGCUUCUUUGAUACCUUUCCAGUUGUCCUCCAUAGUAGUUUCUUCUUCCUUCAGUAGAUCCUGUAAGGCUUGGAACCUGUUGUUGAGAGCUAUCUUGAAUUCAUUGAGUUUGUCAGUAUCUCGAAGGAAGGCCGUAUUGAACCUUUGUAGUGCUGUUUGUCCAGUUUUUCUUUAGCUUCAGUUUUAAAUUAGCCACAACUAGGUGGUGAUCUGAAGCUAUGUCAGCUCCUCUACUGCUUCUCACAUCUUCCAUUGUCCUUCGGAACUUUUUAUUGAUGCAAAUAUGAUCUUUCUGGUUCUCUGUGGUGUGGUCUGGUGAGAUCCAUGUAGCUUUGUGUAUACGUUUGUGUGGAAAUAUUGUGCCUCCUAUGACCAAUUUGCUGAAUGCACACAGAUUUGCAAAUCUGUUCCCAUUUUCGUUUCUCUCUCACAGUCAACCCAUGUCGUCCCAUGAUAUCUUCAUAUCCGGUGUUGUCUACUCCGACUUUGGCAUUUAGAUCUCCCAUCAGAAUGGUGAGAUCCUUUCUUGGGCACUUCUCUAUGGUUGACUGCAGCCGCUCGUAGGAUUGAUCUUUAAUGUCGUCGUUGCUAUCAUUGGUGGGUGCAUAACAUUGGAUAAUAUUUAUUGUGAUCCCCUCCUUCUUUGUUUUGAAUGAUGCUUUGAUGAUUCUGGAUCCGUGAGAUUCCCAUCCUACAAGUGAAUUUCGUGCUACUUUGGACAGCAUUAGAGCAACUCUCUGAGUGUGUGGAGCAUUUACCUCUUCGUGGCAGGAGUAUAACAGAAUCUCUCCCAUAUUUAGCCUUUGAUUUUCAGCUUGGGUCCAAUGGGUUUCGCUGAUUCCCAGUACUGCCAAGUUGUAUCUCCUCAUUUCAGUUGCUAUUUGACUGGUCUUCCCGAUCUUCCACAUUGUUCGGACGUUCCAUGUACCUAUAAAAAUUGUUGCUCUGGUUGUUAGAAGGGGCAUCGGCCUCGUGGCUUCCGAAGGAACUCGCUUUCACCAUGAGGCGUCAUAGUUCUUCUAAAUGAAGACCUAACUCCCAGAGCAGAGUUGAAAUGGUUUGGAUUAUUUUUUCUGGUUAGCGUUUUUUUAGCGAGUUAGUUUUCUACGGAUGGGUUCGCUAACCCUAUGCCCAACCCUCCUCCUUUACCCGUGCUUGGGACCGGCAGUAACUCUAGAAGAGCUACAGGCGGAGUCACCAGUAUGAUUGGAGUUACUAAAUCGAUCAACAUUUAACAUCUUAUUGUCACUAUAUGGAUAAUACUUUCAUAGUAUAGAAAAAAGAGCAUGAAAAGGAGAAUUUAUUUAAUAUAUUUAAUAACAUUCAUUCAUCAAUUAAUUUUACACUGGAGAAAGAAAAGAACAAUAGCAUGUCGUUUCUAGAUUUCCAACUAACUAGACAAACAGAUGGAACAUUAAGAAGAGGGUUACACAGAAAGUCUACAGCUGGACAAUACACACAUUUCUAUAGUGCAGUACCAAUCUAAUACAAAAAAAAUUGAUAAAGUUCCUGACUCAUCGUGCUAGAAUGAUUUGCUCGGAUGACAUUCUUGUAGAUGAAUUGGUUAAUAUUCGUAACUUGCUUAGUAGGAAUGGGUACCCAACGAAAUUUAUUUACCGUUUCGAAGAAAGUAUUGUUCUUAAAAUUACAAUUCUCAAAUGAUACUACUGAAGAAAUCGUGACUCAUAGGUUACGAAAUGCAGUACAAAAAAAUUUAAUGCAGCCAGACUGAGCGUCGUCUUCUACAACCUUUAUUAAAUGACCUUUCUAAUUUAUAAAUAACACAAUUUUGAGGUGUAUAUGUCGUAACAGAUGCAAACGUUCACUAUUUUUAAUAUAUAAUGUCAAAUUCAUUAAUACAUGUCUUAUUUUGACGUUUCUAAAAUAUCACGAUAAUUGUGGACUUAUAACUGUAGAGCCUGAUGGUGAAGUUAUUGAAAAUACUUGUUCGCUCAAAUAUUCUUCAUUUUUGAACUAAUAUUUCUUCUGUAUUACGAAUCCUUACUAACUGUAACUAUCCAAGUUUUUGUAUAUGUUAUAGUUCACAUUGAUAGCGGUUCGAUAAUGUUGUAUUAUAAUUAUUUAUAUUCUCGUUUCUAGGUACGUGUUCCAACUCAUCCUAAUGGGAAAGCAAUAUGUUGGGAAUUUGCUACAGACAAUUAUGACUUAGGUUUUGGAUUGUAUUUUGAAUGGGAUUUGGAACCGCCUGAAAAUAUUUCUGUUAAUAUUUCGGAGUCAAGUGAUGAAGAAGGCGGUGAAGAUGAGGAUGAAGAAGGACUUAGUAAUGGGAAUUCUAUGGAACAAACGUCGCCUGAAAACGAAAAUAAGGGUAUCCAUACAAAGGUUUGACUUGUUCAUUUCAAAUAAAUCGAGGAUUGGAUAGGAGGUUAAUCAUAAUGAUAUAUUUGUGACGUAGAAAUUUGGAUUUCUGACCUUUCGUGAAUUAAUGUAGGCCACUUCUUCAGAGUACGUAGAUGAAUAAUCGAUUUAACAUAAGUUUAUAUAUUAUAAAGGAACAAGGCAGAGUAUUUAGUCUAAUCAAAAUUAGAUUAGGUUUGAUUAUUUCAGUGUCAUGUGAACUUUCUGGUCAAUGUGAUUCUGUAUGAGACAUCAUUGUGUGUUUGAUGAUGGGUAUGAGAAACGUAUGAUUUGUUGUAUGAAGAAGCGUAGUUAGAAUUUGAGCGUAUGUAUGAGGAACGAAUAGAGGUAAAUGUGGUUGUUUGGAUAAACAGUCCAAGUUGGAUAUAUAGUUCGGCUUUUUUAGCUUUACAUGAAACGCUUUAGCUAAUCGCUUUUCUUUAUAGUUGGAAAAACCGUUGAAUUAUUUUGAUAUUUUUAAUAUCGACUUGGUUACUGAACAUAACAUGUGCUACUAUUUCCGAUUUAAUUUGUAAACUUUCCAGCUCUACAGGAUUAUUAGGUGUUUUUGUGUUCCUUGGUUUGUGUCGAAAUUUGACAAUGAGACUCUAAAGUACAGAACACAUUGGAGGUUAGGUAAAACAGCAGUGCCAGUCAAAGUACUCCAAUUAAAAUUGUUAUUCAUAGGUGAAUAGUUCCGUCUUAGUAUUCUCUUCUGAACAGAUGCGGGGCCAGAAAAUGUUUUGCACUGAAUGAAUGUGCAGAGUUGAAAUCGAUGUACUACCACUAUUUGUUCGGAAAAUAUAGUUCGUAGUGUAAUUCUUAAUUUCUGUAAUUAGUGUAGUCUACAAAUCUCAGUAAGUCUGAUGUAUAAUCUAAAAGAUGAUACUACUCUGGGACCUGACUUAAGUCGAUGAAGUCCAGAAUAAGUGUGCAAGGUAUAUGUUAAACGUAAAUGAGAAAAAACAUUCUUACACAUUUUUCACUGCCUGUAAUAAUUUACUUUUUACUUGUAUUCAGAAUCUCAUGAUUUGGAAUUAGGCAAAAAGUCAUUACAACAGCGUUUACCUACUGACGAACUUAUACCAAUCUAUAGAAGGGAUUGUCAUACAGAAGUUUAUUGUGGUAGCCAUCAGUAUCCAGGUGUUGGUGUGUAUGUAUUCAAAUUCGACAAUUCAUUUUCUCUCUGGCGUUCUAAGUGGCUGUAUUACCGUAUUUUCUAUACUCACUGAGUAGCUUCACACAGCCACCGUUCGAAACAUUGAAAUUAUGUUGUUCACAUUCUCUACGUUACUUCCGAUUCAAAUUUACUGUGAACCAAUUUGGUUCUCCUUCCCAUUGUUUUAUUUUGACAUGUUGCAAAUUGCUUCUGAUCUCAGCAAAUAUAUAUAUAUAUAUAUAUAUAUAUAUAUAUAUAUAUAUAUAUAUAGCAUUUAUCGCAUUUCAUAAUCAUGCAUCAAAAUCCUGCAUAAUUGAUUCUCUUCUCUUUAAAGUAUCCUUCAUAUUUUGGUUUGUUCUGUUUUUCAACCCUAAAGUAUUUUGUGUUGGAAUGAAUUAAUUUGCUUCAUUUUUUCAACAUUUAUUUCAAUUAUAGUAUUUUCUAAUAGUGAUUUCUUUUCUGCGCAACACUUCAUGAAAAGUAAAUGUCUGUAUUUGAAAUAUUGUGUUGAGUCCAUGAUUGACAAAGUGAUAAGCAACUGUACUCAGAGUUUGUUGUAAUUUUAAAGUCUGUGUAUUGUUUAUAUAUCACUUUUACUUGAUAAGUAGUAUAGCAUUAAAAAUUUGGAUAAUUAAAUUAACCGGUACCAGAAUUUAUGUUGAUUAUUGCGUUAAUGCUUUAUAACCUCGGUGGAAUUCGACUCACCAAUUAACGUUUUAAUCAUAUUAGUGAUAAACGAUCAGAUUAAAAGUUCAGUUUGUGACCACAUAAUUUAUGUUCUAACCGAAUUUCAUCAUAGAUCUACUAAUUUCAUCAUAGACU